UAACAAUCGCGUGAGUGGUGUUGUGCGGUGUCAUUCCACUAGGGGGGUUGUGAUUCGGAAAUUUCAUAAACAAUGUUUCAUAAGAAAUUUGUGAGUAGAACUAAUUUGUCGACGUUUUCGCAUGCAAAGGGACAAAUUCAAUGGGUCUAUUCUAGCCAAAAUCGUCCAUCACUUAGCAAUUUUAUAGAUUGGAGAAAUGCCGCAACGACUUACUUAUCGUCGACGCCUCUGUUAUAACACUACAUCCAAUAAAACCAAGGUGUCGAAAACACCAGGUGGACGUGUAGUUUUUCUGUACAGAAAAAAGAAAGGUUCUGUAGCGCGAUGUGGCGAUACCGGAGUAAAGUUGAAGGGAAUCAAGCCGGCGAGGCCACGCCAGCUACAUAAGAUGACGAAACGCCUUAAGCGCGUGACUCGUGCUUAUGGUGGUUGCCUCUCAGCAGCAGCCGUACGGGAGCGCAUUAUUCGUGCUUUCCUAAUAGAAGAACAGAAAAUCGUUGCACGAGUGCUGAAAGCAAAAAUUAAAGCCGAGAAGAAAUAAAUGAAUUUCUAACUUUACAAAUCAUGUUUUUGCUUUGGUUGUUAAUUGUAUUAAGAUAAAAGUUUGUGAGGCUAAUUUGUCAGUUUGCAGCGAAGAAUACUUAUCUUUUGUUCUGUCAAUUUUCUGUUAUUUCCGAACGUCCCUUAAUAAAAUUUCC